AUGCCCAUCCCUCGUGUUGCCAUCGUCGGCCGACCCAAUGUCGGUAAGUCCUCCCUCCUGAACCUCAUCGCUCAGGAGCGCAUCGCCAUCGUUGACCCAACGCCGGGCGUCACGCGCGAUCGGAUCUCCACCAUCGUCGAGCUUCCGGACCCCAAAGACCCCACCAACGAGCGAGGCACCGCGAAGCAAAUCGAGCUCACCGAUACCGGUGGAUUCGGGGUCUACGUCGCUGACGGCGCUCGCUACAACGAGAUCGGCGCCGACCUCGCGACGCUCACCAACGACAUCGAGCAGCAGAUCGCCCAAGCCGUGUCCACAGCGGACGUCAUCCUCUUUGCCGUCGAUUGCCAAGCCGGGAUCACCGGACAAGACCAAGCGAUCGCGCAGAUGCUCCGCGAGCAAAAACUCGGACGCAGGGAUACAAAACAGAGCAAGGACGGCUCAUCCAACUCCGAGCUCACCCCAGUCCACGUCAUCGCGACCAAGUGCGACGACUCGGGAUGGGAACCCCACGCGUACGAACUCGCCGCGUUCGGAUUCGGUCAGCCGCUGAUCUGCUCCUCCAAGUCCAAAUACCUCCGCCGCGACAUGCUCGACAAGCUCUUCGACAUCGUCCCGGAAUACCACGGCGAACCAGAACCCGAGGUCGACAUGAAAGUCGCGAUCGUCGGGAAACGCAACGCCGGGAAGUCCACGCUCGUCAACACCCUCGCGGGUGAACCACGCGUCAUCGUCUCGGAAAUCGCCGGGACCACACGCGACGCUGUGGACGUCAAGAUCGAAAUCGACGGCAAGUCCAUCCUCGCGAUCGACACCGCCGGACUACGCCGAAAGAAGUCGUUCCAGGACAAGAUCGAGUACUACGCGCUCGAUCGCGCCAAGCGCGCCAUCACCCGCGCCGAUGUGGUGCUGUACCUCCUCGACGCGACGACCGAGAUCUCGCAGGUGGAUGAACAGCUCGGGAAGCUCAUCGUCGAUUCGCACAAACCCGUCGUCAUUGUCCUCAACAAAUGGGACAUCGCAAAAGACGGCUCCGACCAAGCCGGACGCAAAGUCACCCCGAAGCGCUACGAAGACUACAUCCGCAAAGAACUCAAAGGAUUGUCCUUCGCACCCAUCGCGAUCAUCAGCGCCAAAGAAGGACUCAAUGUCACCGAAACGCUCGAGAUCGCGAUGGAGAUGUUCGAGCAAGCGUCCACACGCGUAGGAACAGGUCAGCUCAACCGAACCAUCUCCUCCAUCAUCGAAGCACGCGGCCCAUCCAACAAACUCGGCGCCGAAGCACGCGUCUACUUUGCAUCUCAGGUCAAAACCAACCCACCAACACUCGUGCUCGUCGUGAAUGAUCCGGAUCGUUUCACACUCAACUAUGAACGCUAUCUCAUGAAUCGCAUCCGUGAGCUGCUCCCGUUCGGAGAGGUCCCGAUCAAACUCAUCCUCCGCGCUCGCAGCCGCGUCGAGAAACGUGCCAAGUCCACAUCAGGGAAGCAACUCCACGCACCAGAUCAAGUCUCUGGACGCUUCGACGAAGACAUGGCUGUUGAAGCCAUCGACCGCGAUGCAUUCCUCGCAGAUCUCCCCGAUGACGCGAGUGCCUACUUCGAUGAUUAA